AUGUCUACCUCUCUGGACCACCUGAAGGCCACUGGCACCACCGUUGUCUGCGACUCUGGUGACUUCGCAACAAUCGGCAAGUACAAGCCUCAAGAUGCCACCACCAACCCCUCCCUCAUCCUUGCCGCUACCCAAAAGCCCGAGUAUGCCAAGCUCAUGGAUGUUGCCAUCGCAUACGGCAAGGAGCACGGCAAGACGCUCGACGAGAAGAUCGAUGCGGCUCUCGACCGUCUCUUGGUUGAGUUCGGAAAGGAGAUCUUGAAGAUUGUGCCCGGAAAGGUGUCAACUGAGGUCGACGCCCGCUUCUCUUUUGAUACCAAGGCCUCUGUUGACAAGGCACUCCACUUAAUUGAGCUCUACAAAUCCAUCGGUAUCGACAAGUCCCGCGUCUUGAUCAAGAUUGCUUCCACAUGGGAAGGUAUUCAGGCCGCCCGUAUCCUGCAACGGGACCACCAGAUCAACUGCAACCUGACCCUCAUGUUCUCCAAGGUCCAGGCCAUUGCUGGAGCCGAGGCUGGCGCCUUCCUGAUCUCACCAUUCGUUGGCCGUAUCCUGGAUUGGUACAAGGCCAAGACUGGAAAGACCUACUCCAAGGAGGAGGACCCAGGAGUGGCAUCUGUCAAGGCCAUCUAUGACUACUACAAGAAGUACGACUACAAGACCAUCGUCAUGGGUGCUUCUUUCAGAAACACUGGGGAGAUCACAGAGUUGGCUGGCUGCGACUACCUGACCAUCUCGCCCAACCUGCUUGAGGAAUUAAUGACAGCCACUGCGCCUGUCCCGAAGAAGCUCGACGCUUCAGGCGCCAAGAGCCUCAACAUCGAGAAGAAGUCCUACAUCAAUGACGAGCCCAACUUCCGAUUCGAUUUCAACGAGGACACCAUGGCGGUGGAGAAGCUGCGCGAGGGUAUCAGCAAGUUCGCCGCUGAUGCCGUCACCCUGAAGGAUAUCCUGAGCAAGAAGAUUGUCGCAUAG